CUUCUAUAUUGAACUGACUCAAAAUAAGCUUUAUUGAUAUACCAAAUGAAAGUCAAAGCCUUAUCCCGGUCCUCUGCAGACUAUGUUCGAGAACGAUCUCAAGAUAUCCAUAAAGUGCAACGUAAUCUUGAUCCAACCGUACAUCCAUUUGAACAAGGUCGAGAAUAUGUUCGAGCUUUGAAUUCAGUCAAGUUGGGUCGUUUAUUUGCAAAACCUUUUGUUGGUGCUCUCAGUGGUCAUAUCGAUGGUGUUUAUAGUAUGAUGAAACAUCCUCAAAAGCUCAAUUCUAUUAUUUCUGGUAGUGGUGAUGGUGAAAUUCGUAUUUGGGAUUUGACGAAUCAGGAAACCAGUUGGACAACUCAAGGACAUUCAGGCAUUGUCAGUGGUGUAAGCGCAGGUAAACGGGAUGAUCAAUUUUUAUCUUGCUCAACAGAUAAAACUGUCAAAAUCUGGCAACCUUCUUCUGAAGGAUCGGAAGCUCUUCAAACAUAUAUUGGUCAAUAUGCAUUCACUGGGUUAUCUCAUCAUCGUCACGAUGCUACUUUUGCUACUUCUGGCCAUGCCGUGGAACUCUGGGAUGAAGAACGUUCUGAACCUAUACAAAACUUUGCUUGGGGUGCUGAUUCUUAUCAAACCGUCAAAUUCAAUCAAGUCGAAACGAAUAUCUUGGCCAGUUGUGGUUCUGAUCGUACCGUAGUGUUAUAUGAUUUACGUACAAGCAAACCAUUAUCGAAAUUAGUUAUGAUGAUGAAAACAAAUGCCAUUGCUUGGAAUCCUAUUGAAGCCUAUACUUUUGCAGCAGCAAAUGAAGACCACAACUCUUAUAUUUUCGAUAUGCGAAAUAUGAGUUCAGCUCAUAAUGUAUUGAAGGAUCAUGUCUCAGCAGUUAUGGACAUUGAUUAUUCACCAACAGGUCAAGAAAUUGUGACAGGUUCCUAUGAUCGAUCUGUUCGUAUUUUUGAUGUACAACGUGGACACAGUCGUGACAUGUAUCAUACCAAGCGAAUGCAACGAGUAUUUUGUGUACAGUUCAGCAUGGAUAGCAAGUAUGUUCUUUCUGGAUCUGAUGAUGGCAAUAUCCGACUCUGGAAGGCACAUGCAUCGGAAAAAUUAGGAAUCAAGGAUCGUCGCGAACAAAUCAGUUUGGAAUAUGCUCAAAAACUCAAGGAUCGUUUUGGCCACUUGCAGGAAAUCAAGCGUAUCGAUCGCCAUCGUCAUGUGCCAAUGGAAAUCAAACGUGCCGACCGUACAAAGAAAGAAAUGAUCAAUGCAAGAAAAGUCAAGGAAGAACGAAGACGCAAACACAGCUCCAAGGAAGAAGCAAGCAAAUAUGUAUCCGAACGGUCCAAGUCUAUCAUUGGUGUUGCCAAAUAAUUUCCCUUUUUAUUAUCAUUCAAUUUUUAUCAUCAUCCAUAUCAUUAUUUUUUUUUAUUAGUAUUCUUUAUUUUACUAUUAUCAUUUUGUGUCCCAACUCAUCCACUUCCAUAUUACUCAAUUUUUUUUUUUUAAUCCCUUUCAUAUCUCAUCAUACAUCAUUUUUUUUUUAUUAUCUUUUCAACUUUUUUUUUUCUGUACUAUAGUUUCAUUCUUUUCUAGACAAAAAUAAAAGUUUUUGACUGUUUUUUACGUACGUUUGUAUAUCAAUUAUCAAUCAUACCAUUACAUAUUGUCCAUCAUCAUGCAUUUUCAUCAUCAAUGUCAAUGUCUAUCAUCAUUUUUUUUUCACUCAAUGAUCAUCAUCAAACAUUCGAUCAGUCAUUUCAAAUCCAUCAUCCAAUCUAGUAUUGCCGCAAC